UUGAAACAAUGACAAAAUGCGAAGAGUAAAUCCUGCUGUGUCUUGUAUUCUUCUGAAUAUUUGUUUUUAUGGGUUUGACUAAAAAUCCAUAGUAAUGAAUCCAAGCUAUCACGAGGUAGUCCGUGAAGAAUAAACAAUGAAAUAAAGACUAGUUUUCUAAACUUGACCCAAGCUGUUCAGACCUACAAGAAGUAUCUGCUAAGCCUAUAAAUCUCAUCCAUUAUCCUCACGGACAUCAUCCCAAAACAAGAAGAGUUAGGAGAAGAAACCAUAGAGAUAAGAAAAGAUGGUGGCAGGAAGUUUCAGUGUUGAAAUAGACUCUUCAGUGGAAGCAAAGAGACUGUGGAAUGGAAUGGUGAAGGAUGGCCAUAAUCUGAUUCCAAAGCUAGCGCCCCAGCUCUUCGAAGGAGUCACAUUUGUGAAAGGCAAUGGAGGCGUCGGCACCAUCCGUCUAAUCAAAUAAUUUACUGCUGUUAACACUGAUUUCAGCUAUGUGAAGGAGAGGAUAGAUGAAAUUGAUGAGGAGAAUUUGGUUUACAGUUUCAGCCAAGUGGAGGGAGGAGUUGUGGGCACCAAAUUGGCCUCAGUGACCUACCAAGUGAAGUUCAGCCCUAAAGCAGAUGGUGGAACUCUUGUGAUUUAUAUAUGCAACUAUGACAGCCUGCCUGGUGUUGCCCAUGAUGAGGCCAAAAUUGAGGAGAUCAAGGAAAAAAGCACUGAACUCUUCAAGUUGAUUGAGGCAUAUCUCAUUGCCAAUCCCACUUCAUAUUGUUAAGGGUUUUAACUAAGUCGGAGCUUCUGCUCUCAUGUGUGUGUUUUUCUUUAAAGUCGUUCAACUGUGUGCAUCAAGUCUCAAGUUUGCAAUGAUAAAAAAUAGUGUAAAUCACACCUCUGUAUUGGAUACCUUUUGGCAGCUUAGUCAUAGAGAUAUUCAUGGUUAUAUAAUCUAAAUGUUUCUUGGUAAUCAGCUUGUAGUCUUAUGAUAAGAAUUUUAUAGCGGUGAUUAAUGGUUUAAAAAGUUGUU